UUUUCUUGUCAUGUGACCAGCCUGUCAGGCUGGCCUGUUAGCCUGUGCACUAAAAACAGAAAGCACGGGCCAAGCAAGUCCCUAUUGUUCAUUUUUUCCCCUUUUUCUUUUUCUCUACUGUUUCCUGGCUCAGCCCAAAGAAACGAAGCUGUGAUAUUCCUCCUGGCAGUUGGAGGAUCAACAGAAUCCCUGGUGCCAUACUUGAAGGGAUGACCGAAGCCAUGUUUGGAAGUGGAACUGACCAGUGGGUCUGCCCUAAUGACCGGCAACUAGCACUCAGAGCAAAGCUGCAGACGGGCUGGUCUGUGCACACCUUUCGCACGGACAGACAGAGGAGGAGCCAGGCAUUGGACGAGGAGGAGCUGGACAUCAUCCUGGGAGUGAUUCGCAGGGCGGAGCAGCUGGACCAGAUUGAACAAUGUAGAAUAGGGAGGCUAGUGGAGCGUCUGGAGAACAUGAGGAAGAGUGCGGUGGGGAACGGCCAGUCUCAGUGUUUGCUGUGUGGGGAGCUCCUGGGACUGCUGGGGACCCCCUCUGUGUUUUGUCAGGACUGCCGCAAGAAAGUGUGCACGAAGUGUGGGAUUGAGACUGGAUGCAGUCAGAGAAGAACCCUUUGGCUGUGCAAGAUCUGCAGUGAGCAGAGAGAGGUGUGGAAGCGUUCAGGAGCAUGGUUUUAUAAGGCCAUUCCAAAGUAUGUGUGCCCCAGGAAAGAGGGGGAGCGAGGUCUUGAGCCGAGCCUGUGGGUGACAGAAAGAGGAGCGCUUCAUACUGGCAUGAGCGUGGCAACAGGUCGCACCUACAGCUGGGCACGUAGCAAAGUGGUCUCCAGCGACAGCGACAGUGAGUCGGAGCUGAGCGAGUCCAGCCUAGAGAGCAAGGCCUUCACCCCCAGCUGUCAGGACGUCCCGGACAGCAAGCAGCAGGAUUCCUUGGCAGCGUCCAGAGGAGGGCCGCUCCAGACACCCCCCAGUAUAAGCAGAAAAGCCUCGGGCGGCUUCCCGUCUGAGAGCCGCUGCAGCCUGGGCGGCGAACGUGGCGGUUUCCUGCCGGUUGCCGAGGACUACGACACCGACCACAGCCGGCCCUCCCUAACACUCGGGACCUGAAACCUUGUUAAAUUC